AAGUGAUUACCCACACCCCUUGCUUGCACCGAAUCAGAAAAUCUAUCUGAUUGCCAUUUGACGGAUGGCAAGGGUUUGCGGAGAAUUUUUUUCCGAAAACUCCAACUUAAUGUGUCAUUACCUUAAUAUUAAGCAGCGACCGAGACAGCCGUCGCCAAGCCCGAGUAGGGAGUGCCCCGUAGUGCCAGCGAUCGGGACCUUUGUCACAUCCUCACUCACCGGGCCAAAAGCAUAAGUACUGCUUUCUGCUGUUCCAUGGCUGUUUCUCUGCCCGCUGGUCGAAAGAAGGCCCUAGCUCCCCUACAGCCUGGGAGAAGUUUUGUGCACUGCACUCUCACUCGCGUUCGUUCUUCCCUCGCUGCUGCUGCUCCGCGCGCUGCAUACACACAAAUUCGCUGCCUCGCACCCGGCGUUCGUUCGCUUGUCAGUCCUUCGUUCGAUCUUCCCUCCCCACUCUCCCGGGAACGAAACUUGCGAGCGACAGUUUGUGAGUUUUUCUGGCUAGAGGACGAGGCGCGAGCGGAGGCGGUGGCUGGCCUCCACGGAUCAACGAGGGCGAGUGAGCUCUCGUCCGACGAGUGUUAAGAGUGCUCGCGGUGGUGGAUGUCGCGUUCUAAGUAGGGUUGGAAUAGCGAGCUGUCGGGUUUCGGGGUUUGGAGGUUCGACGCUGCGCCAGUUAUGGCCCCACCCAGAUGGGCUCCUCGGCGGAGUUCUGCGCCUAAUGGUGGAGGUCGAGGUCGGUCGACCUGAGUAUUUGAGUUCAGCAUGGCAAACUUAGUGGUUUCUGGAAAGCGGUGAAGGGUGCUGCAGCGGUGAGCGACCGUGGGGAACUUCGCAGGAAGAAUUGGCUGCAUCUUCAGAUCCGUCUAGUCACCUUCUCGGGCGUGUCGGGUUGCUCGCUCGGCAGCUCCGUCGGCCCAUAGCUAAUCGUGCACAUAGCUAAUUUUUGCAGACAGAGUGGCCACAGAGUCAGGGCGCCGGAGUGGAUGCAGACACGGAGGAUGGUAAAGUGCAUUUGACGGCAUAAUUGGGGGCCAGGGGAAAAAAGAAACAUCAAAUCGGAGUCCGAUACCGAGGCACACGAGGUAGCGAAAAUUGUGAUGAGCUUGCAGCCAGAGGAUUUGUCUCGCGUUUAUAAUGACGAGGAGUACCCUCGAUGUUUACCUCUACGUAUCCAGCACGCAGGUAGGUUGUUACGACGAAAAGAGCAGUGAUGAGAUUUCUGCCUGCGCUGCCAGCGACGGAUCUGCGAGGAUAAGUGCCAUAUCGAAGAGGCACCGGGAAUCGGAAGAUAUUGAGGACGCCGGAGACUAUUCUGAUCGAGACGAUGUCAACAGACUCGACCUCGACUUAGAUAGAAUGUCCACUGACGUCGUCAGCGCUGAUGUGGGAAACACGCGGAAGAAAGGGUCGAACAAGAGGGGCUCUCACUCGCCGGGCGCUUCCGAAGAGUAUGCGCGCGGUCACGACGAAGUGCAGUCGGGGAUGGACUCGUCGAUUCAUUUCGAUCGGAGCUCCUCGCGCUCGGAGGACGUCGCCUGUCAUUCUGAGCUGUCCAACGACGAGAAUGAGGCCGGUUUGGAGCUGGGCAAGAGGAACACUCCCGGUCAUUCUCAGAAAGUAGCUAGCAGCUCUCGCUUUCACGCAGGAAAUGCAAGACUGACUGUCAAUCUAGAGGAAGGCGAGAGCGGCGAGGGAGCUCUCCGAGGAGGCGCUGGGGAAUCCAAAAUUCGUCACAAUUACGCGGAUCUGCAGUCGCCCGCCUCCAGCUCCAGCUUCUUCCACCGCAAGAACGAGGCCAAACCCAGAGCCGAUUUGCCGGUGGGUGCACCCAGCUCGUCCUACGACCGCGACGCGGACGAGCGAGCUGGCAGCGGAGGAGGAGGCCCCUAUGCGGUCCAUGGGUUCGGUCGAGACCAGAGCUCGGAAACCAGCCAUCCGAGCUCCAGCGAAGACUGGGGCGGAGGGACGAGGCCGGGCGGUGCCUGCCGCGAGAAGGCGGUGAAGCUCUUCGGCAUAGAAGUCACUCCCACCUCGUCCCCGGCCGGUCGAGGCGAGGAGACGGUGUUCUCGGAGCGAGACUCUCCGGAUGGGCGAGUGCAGGCGAGCCAGAAGUGGGCUUACCGUCUGGCCGAGCAAGCUCGCAGUGGUAAGGACGAGGAUCCCGUGGACGAUAAGGAGAAGUCGGUCGGAUUCCAAGAGGAAGAGGAAACCAUCGAGGAGAUUAAGUCUGAUCCUAGCGGGGCCGGCGGUGAUGUAGAGGAUGGUAGAUCGGAUACUAAGGUAGAGCAGGCUAGCGGAUGUUCGGGGUUUUCGGCUGGGGAGAAUAGGAAGUACGAGUGUCAAUAUUGCUUCAGGGAAUUCGCCAGCUCGCAAGCUCUGGGCGGGCACCAGAACGCGCACAAGAGGGAGAGGCAGCAGGCCAAAAGGGCUCAGAUUCAAGCGAGCAGAGCCGCCGUGAACCAUAGCAAAGCAUCGAGCAGACAGUUCUAUCCUAUGCCACACAUGCAUCACAGGCUCGCCCCGGGGUCGCGCUUGGUCCCUCACUCUGCGCGCCAUGCAGUCGAAGAAGGGGGAAUGGUUAGCCCCGGUGGUCACCAUCAGCCUGCACCGCAACGCAUUGCUAUGAUACAUCCUCUCCCUCAUCAACCUGCCUACUUCCCACACUACCCUCAAAAUCCGUUGGGCUUCCCUCCCAGAAACGUGCCGUCAAUGAAUGUGCUCGGUUCUGUACCGCAAAAUCCACCCCCUACUUCGUGGGUUUUCUACUCUUCUCCCACUCCUCAGUUUGGAGGCCACUUCUUUCCAACUGCCGGUCCUCCAAUGUUCUCUCCCAUCUAUUCGGACGUGGUUUAUCCCGAGGCUCCCACGAUGCAACCGCAACCGAUGAUAGCUCAAAUGCAACCGAAGCAAAGCAUGGAAGAUAGUUCUCGUGCUGCCGCACCGCCGGCAAACAAUAGGCCUCUUUCCUUCAAGACACUUCCCUUCUCUGGACCAACAUCAACGAAAACGUUUUUACAAACUGGUCCUCCCUUGCGCCUACACCAACCUAUGUCUGGCGAAUCGGGUGGACAGCCAGUCGAAAGUAGGGUAGAGUAUCAGUACCAUCAGUCCCCGCAACAGCAGCAACCGCAGCAGGUUCAACAUGGAGGAUGUGACAAUUCUGUCGAUCUGCAUUUGGGGCUUGGAAGAGCGGGUAGUGACGAUGUAUAGCAGUGUGUUCGAAUCUGGUCACUUGGAAGAUCUGCACAUGUUCGGAUCGACUAUGUAAAUUGUGAUGGGAACUCCCACAAUCUACAAGUGCUGUCGGAGGUGUGAGGAAGGUGCAGGGAGGAGGCGUCUUGGCCUUUUCUCACUUCAGAGUUUGUUCUAUUGAGUUAUUUGAAGAUCUAUGCUGGAGAGGCUGUAGCCCUUCAAUUUUUUAUUUCCCUUACCUCUCUCUCACCCGCCCUCUUUUCCGUCUUCUCUUUCCAACCUCCUAAAAUGUUGAGGCAGUCGAAGGAUACGCAAUGCUUUUAGAAAAUGCAUAACUAGAAACAGGAUGAGCGAUUUUAGCCCCCAGGCAUGUUGUCAAAGAGUGUGUAUCCAUGAUUGCGGUUCUUUGAUGACGAGAGUGAUAUUGUUAAGUUUAUUUGUCAGGGGCACAGGCUAUUUUGGUUUCAGUCUGAUCGGUAAGCGCGGCCUUGUAAAAUCCAACGGCACUUGGCUAGCUCAGGAGAUAACAAAGACAGAACUUUAAUCCAUGUAACUAAAAAUGUCGAUUUUGUGUAUAAUACGAAGGGCCC